CUGAGAUGAGCCUGGAGCAGCACCGCGGUGCGCCUGUCGCAGCUCAACAAUCUUCCAUAGUGUAGCCACAAAUAUGAUUACAAAUUCCUCACUGCCUUUUUAUUCCUGGAUCUAUCAUUCUCUUCGAUUACAUUUACAUUAGUGUUAUUGUUUUUUAUUUGCAAGUUGUAUUUAUUUGUAGUUUAAAGGUGAGCAUGUGGGUCAUUUUGCGAGGGAUUGUCGAGGUGCCACCGGGAAUGAGUUAGGCAAUAUGCGCCGCUGGGAUAUGAUAUUUAACCGAAAGGCUUAUGGAAUAUAGCCUGGUGUGUCACAGCCUGUAUGCCCUCUGGUCUAGCCCCGUGAAGAAGAAAAUAAUACUGCUUAGCAUCAUGUUUUUAAUCUGGGUAUACAUGCUGUACUCCUGCGUGGGCUACUGCUCCACCAUGCCAAGUUUAGUGGUGGACAGUUACCGGGGCAGGGAGACCGGUUCGGCCGUGGGCAAGAGGACAGAGAACAGCAGGACGGACCUGGUGUCCAGACUGCUGGCCAAACCGCAGCCGUGGGAGGAUAUAGAGAGCGACUACGAGGAGCCGUCCAUCAGGACCGCAGCGUCCAGAGACCUGCUCAAUAACGAGCUGGAGACGGACCGAGCCGACGACUGGGACGAGAUGCGGGCCGAGCAGCUGCAGCAGAGAGCCCCGGAGCCCAGCGCCAUGUCCAGCUUCUCCAACGGCUCCGGGAGCAAGAAGCUGCCGCAGGCGAUCAUCAUCGGGGUGAAGAAAGGAGGGACCCGGGCUCUGCUGGAGUUUCUCCGCGUUCAUCCAGACAUCAGAGCCGUGGGAGCGGAGCCGCACUUCUUCGACCGCAACUAUGAGAACGGACUGGAGUGGUACAGGGAGCUGAUGCCCAAGACCCUGGAAGGCCAGAUCACCAUGGAGAAAACCCCCAGCUACUUUGUGACCAGAGAGGCUCCAGCCAGAAUAUCCGCCAUGUCCCGGGACACCAAGCUGAUCGUGGUGGUGAGGGACCCCGUCACCAGGGCUAUCUCGGACUUCACACAGACACUGUCCAAGAAGCCUGACAUCCCCUCUUUCGAGAGCCUCACCUUCAAAAACAGAACUACGGGGCUCAUCGACACCUCAUGGAGCGCCAUCCAGAUCGGCAUCUACGCCAAGCACCUGGACAACUGGCUGCAGUACUUCCCCAUGAAGCAGAUCCUGUUUGUGAGCGGCGAGCGGCUGAUCAGCGACCCGGCCGGAGAGCUGGGCCGCGUGCAGGACUUCCUGGGGCUCAAGAGGAUCAUCACAGACAAACACUUUUACUUCAACCAGACCAAGGGUUUCCCGUGCCUCAAGAAGGCAGAGGGCAGCAGCAAGCCCCACUGCCUGGGCAAAACCAAAGGGCGGACCCAUCCCAACAUUGACCCUGAGGUGGUGCAGAGGCUACGGGACUUCUACAGGCCCUUCAACAUGAAGUUCUACCAGAUGACAGGACAUAACUUUGGUUGGGAUUGAUGUGAAAAUCAUAAAAGACAUUUUUGUUUUUGUUUCAUUUGUUGAGACGUUAUUUUUUUCCAUCUGUAAUUCAAUGGCAAGAUGUGGAGAUAUUGCUAUAUAUAUGUAAAAUGUACAGAAAUCUAUUUUAUAAUAAUUUAUUUUUAUUUCUAAGCAAUUAAUUCACUAAGCUGCCUAACCAUAUUUGUACAUAACAUCUGGCCCACAUGUUGUUUUUAACAUUCCUCAUUUUAAUUUUGAAUUCUCUCGCUCCUCCCUCGUGGUCCUGUAAACUCAGUGGAUUUACUGGUGCUUCGUAAUGCAGAUAAUCAGCGAUGACUGAAGUAGAAAUUAGGGGGGGAAAUGUCAAAGCACCAUAUUACGGGUACAGUGUGCUCACAGAGAAAUGGAGAACACCUAUCCAUGUGCAUCCUCAUUUAUAUAUGCAUCAUAACUUUACCCUCAUCCUUUUCAAACCCUGUCAUUCUGAGUGUGAUUCUUCUGUAACGUGUUUUACUGCAACACAGACCUUCCAGUUAAGUUUUCUACAAUCCAAUUUUCCCGCAAUGGCAUAGGCCUAAACUGCAGAUCUCAUGUCCCUUUUCACUCAACAGUUAGAUCAAUAGGCCUAAUUGAUCCUCAUUGUGUCACUCAUGUUUAAAGUAUACAGCUGCCCUUUCAUUCUCAGCGCUCCUGCUGCCUGCUCUAAUGAAUGACCCAUCCAUCAAACGUUAAAUUCUAUCCCGGACCACAUAAGGGCCCAUGUUAACAUUAUGCUAAUUGGGUAAAGGUAACUGGCAGAUCGAUCGAGCUCUCGCUCUCUAACUCCCCAUUAGAAGCAGUGUUGGCUGAGAGCCAGGCUCUUUGCCCUAUCUGCUCAGUUCAAAGGUCACACAAAGUCUCAAUCAAAUGUCCUUGAGAGGCAUUUGAUUUGUUGAGUAGAGCAGGGGGAGUGGGCGCCUUGUUUUCACGGUAAGAUGGAAAAAUAUUUGCGUGAGGUAGCAGAGGCAUAUCUGUCAGAAAUAGAGCAUAAAGAUAAAAAAGAUGACAGACAGACAAACAACAUCUUGGCUUCGCCUCACUGGAAUAGCGUUUCUUCAAACAGAAGUCCACCAGGCCCAUCUUAUAUCCCAGGCUAAGGAGAUCAAAGGAAGAGGAAAGGUUUUUGUGAAGCACUUUCAGCACAGAAAGAAUUGCCUCAGGCGGGCAUGGGGGGGGGGUUGGGGUUUCAGUGUCUAACCUCUCUAGUGUCGUCCGAAAACCUCAUGUGCCAUCGUCCAUGGCCUAUAUACUUUAUGCCUUAUUCACACUUGUCAUCCUCACUCACUCACACAAUCUCUACUUGUUGCCAAAAAAAACUUUGGGUUGAUAUCACGUUUCACACAGCUUGAGUCGCUAUCUCUGCUUUUUCCCCCUGCAUCGCUUCUUUGAUUUUGUCUUUCUACUUGAAUUCUUGAUAUGCAAGAGGGAGAAAAUGCGUAGUUAUCAUUCUUUGAUGUGCUGCCCCAUCUCUUUGCAGCGGGUGGCACGCUAUUAUAAGGGCACAGGGAGGCGGCCGUGCUAUGCUGCGUUAUGCUGUGCUACACUAUGCUAUGCAUGCUCAAUGUGGUGGCCAUUAUGAAAAUGCAGGGAUAAUGGGAAGGGAUUAUUAGCAUCCAGAGGAGGGCUUCAUGUGUUUAAGCAGGGCCCAGACUGAAUGUACACAACCUAUCCUCACACUAAAAUACCCUCAGAUCAAUUUUAAAGGUCUGCUCCGUUUUAUUUAAAAGUUACAUUUGAUUGUCCCAUUUUCUUUGUGAAGUUAAGAAAAUGUUGUGCCUCUUUAUCCAUUCAAUACAACACAGUUAGCCUGCUCCUGACAGAUAAUGACCCCAAUUCAGCUAUUUCUCUUAUUUUCCAGCUGCCUGGUUUAGCCUCAAACCAAUGGUAAGUAGCAGGGGAGAUGGAGGCUUGUUACACUGCAUUUUUUGUAGUGCUAUCCUUUACUUUCACUCUGCCUGAGCGAUGAUACUCCUAGUGAGAAUACAUGUAGAGAAAGCCUUCAUCUCCCCUUCUCUCCUUAGUGCAAUGUUUGAUUAUUUAAAAAAAGCAUUUAUUAUGACCUCUCUCAGCAAGCUGUCGCGUUCUGGAAGGAAAGUCUGACAUUUUCCCUGUAAUUGAUGUAGAACUGCAUUUAAAUUCUGUUUUCAUGCAAAUGAGGGAAUAUCUGAAAAAAACAACAACAACUUGCACUCAUGGGUUUACUCCAUGUGGCUGCAUCGGUUAUGGUUGAGUUUUAUUCAACCUGUUUUAAAAUCUAAAAAUGUUAAAAAUGUUUGUCUUACCCACAUAUAAUAUGUAUUUAGACUAGCAGAUCUGUAUGUACAAAAAUGAAAAGGACAUGUAAAUCAAGUAUUUUGUGGUAUAUGUACAUCAAAGGAAUUAAUUUUACACAAGGCAAAAGCAAAAUGGAACAGAUGUUUCUAGAUGAUUAAAUACUGAACAUUCAAAAUAUUUCUUUGUAUGAAGAAAUAAAUAAAAAAGUAUAUAUUUUA